AUGGCUGUCCCUGGUGCUGUGGUAACUGUUGUCUCUUGUACUGCUGUAACUUCUGUUCCUGGUGCUGUUGUAACUGCUGUCCCUGGUGCUGUUGUAACUGCUGUUCCUGGUGUUGUUGUAACUGCUGUCCCUGGUGCUGUUGUAGCAACUGAUCCUGGUGGUGUAACAGUUGUCCCUGAAGCUGCAGUAAGUGCUGUCCCUGGUUGUGUCGUUACUGUUGUCCCUGGUGCUGCUGUAGCUGCUGUCCCUGGUGCUGUUGUUACUGCUGUCCCUGGAGCUGUUGUUGCUAAUGUCCCUGGUGCUGAUGCUACUACUGUCCCUGGUACUGCUGUAACUGUUGUUCCUGGUGUUAUUGAAACUGUUGUCCCUGCUGCUGUAGCUGCUGUCCCUUGUGCUGUUGUUACUGCUGUCCCUGGAGCUGUUGUUGCUAAUGUCCCUGGUGCUGAUGUUACUUCUGUCCCUGUUGCUGUUGUCACUGUUGUCCCUGGUGCUGUUGUCACUGUUGUCCAUGGUGCUGCUGUAAUUGAUGUCCCUGGUGCUGCUGUAACUGUUGUCCCUGGUGCUGUUGUUAUUCCUGUCCUUGGUGCUGUUGUAACUCCUGUCCCUGGUACUGCUGUAACUGUUGUUCCUGGUGCUAUUGAAACUGUUGUCCCUUCUGCUGUAGCUGCUGUCCCUGGCGCUGUUGUUACUGCUGUCCCUGGUGCUGUUGUUGCUAAUGUCCCUGGUGCUGAUGUUACUACUGUCCCUGGUGCUGUUGUCACUACUGUCCAUGGUGCUGCUGUAAUUGAUGUCCCUGGUGCUGCUGUAACUGUUGUCCAUAGUGCUGCUGUAAUUGAUGUCCCUGGUGCUGUUGUAACUACUGUCCCUGGUGCUGUUGUAUCUGCUGUCCCUUGUGAUGUUGUAAUUGCUGUAUCUGGUGCUGUUGUAACUACUGUCCCUGGUGCUGCUGUUACUGUUGUCCCUGGUGCUAUUGAAACUGUUGUCCCUGCUGCUGUCCGUGGUGGUGUUGUAACUGCUGUCCCUGGUGCUCUGGUAACUGUUGUCCCUUGUGCUGUUGUAACUGCUGUCCCUCCUGCUGUUGUAAAUGCUGUCCCUGGUGCUUUUGUUACUGUUGUCCCUGCUGCUGUUGUAGCCGCUGUUCCUGGUGCUGUUGUAAUGGCUGUCCCUGGUGCUGUGGUAACUGUUGUCUCUUGUACUGCUGUAACUUCUGUUCCUGGUGCUGUUGUAACUGCUGUCCCUGGUGCUGUUGUAACUGCUGUUCCUGGUGUUGUUGUAACUGCUGUCCCUGGUGCUGUUGUAGCAACUGAUCCUGGUGGUGUAACAGUUGUCCCUGAAGCUGCAGUAAGUGCUGUCCCUGGUUGUGUCGUUACUGUUGUCCCUGGUGCUGCUGUAGCUGCUGUCCCUGGUGCUGUUGUUACUGCUGUCCCUGGAGCUGUUGUUGCUAAUGUCCCUGGUGCUGAUGCUACUACUGUCCCUGGUACUGCUGUAACUGUUGUUCCUGGUGUUAUUGAAACUGUUGUCCCUGCUGCUGUAGCUGCUGUCCCUUGUGCUGUUGUUACUGCUGUCCCUGGAGCUGUUGUUGCUAAUGUCCCUGGUGCUGAUGUUACUUCUGUCCCUGUUGCUGUUGUCACUGUUGUCCCUGGUGCUGUUGUCACUGUUGUCCAUGGUGCUGCUGUAAUUGAUGUCCCUGGUGCUGCUGUAACUGUUGUCCCUGGUGCUGUUGUUAUUCCUGUCCUUGGUGCUGUUGUAACUCCUGUCCCUGGUACUGCUGUAACUGUUGUUCCUGGUGCUAUUGAAACUGUUGUCCCUUCUGCUGUAGCUGCUGUCCCUGGCGCUGUUGUUACUGCUGUCCCUGGUGCUGUUGUUGCUAAUGUCCCUGGUGCUGAUGUUACUACUGUCCCUGGUGCUGUUGUCACUACUGUCCAUGGUGCUGCUGUAAUUGAUGUCCCUGGUGCUGCUGUAACUGUUGUCCAUAGUGCUGCUGUAAUUGAUGUCCCUGGUGCUGUUGUAACUACUGUCCCUGGUGCUGUUGUAUCUGCUGUCCCUUGUGAUGUUGUAAUUGCUGUAUCUGGUGCUGUUGUAACUACUGUCCCUGAUGCUGUUGUAACAGUUGUCCCUGGUGCUGCAGUAAAUGCUGUCCCUGGUUGUGUUGUUACUGUUGUCCCUGGUGCUGCUGUAGCUGCUGUCCCUGGUGCUAUUGUUACUGCUGUCCCUGAAGCUGUUGUCACUGUUGUCCCUGGUGCUGCUGUAGCUGCUGUCCCUGGUGCUGUUGUUACUGCUGGCCUUGGAGCUGUUGUUGCUAAUGUCCCUGGUGCUGAUGUUACUACUGUCCCUGGUGCUGUUGUCACUGUUGUCCCUGGUGCUGCUGUAACUGUUGUUAUUCCUGUCCCUGGUGCUGUUGUAACUCCUGUCCCUGGUGCUGCUGUUACUGUUGUCCCUGGUGCUAUUGAAACUGUUGUCCCUGGUGCUGUUCUGCUGUCCGUGGUGGUGUUGUAA